AUCACCGCCUCGCUCGCGCUGACGCUUGGCCGCUCCAUGUCCUGUAACACUGCCCGGAUCCGGGUCGUGUUAUUUCUGCAGUCCUCGUUAUGGACUCACAAAAAGAGGCUCUACAAAGGAUAAUCACGACAUUAGCAAAUAAAAACGAUGAAAUCCACAAUUUUAUCGAGACGCUGAGUCACCUGCUGGCCGGUGUUCAGGUCAACUCUAACCAGGUGGUGUCUGACUUAGAGGAGGAGUUCGACACGCUGUUCUCUCUUCUGGAAGAGACUAAGGAGAGUAUGACCAACACUAUUAAGCAAGAACAGGCCAGGAAAUCACACGAACUGCAGAACCAGCUAACUCAGAGCACGAAUGCAUUAGAGAGUUCAGAAGAGUUGCUGGAGUUCGCUCAGCAUGCAUUGGAUAUCAAAGAUGAGGAAGAGUUCACCAAGGCUGCCAAACAGAUCAAAGAUAGGGUGACGAUGGCUCCCGCUUUUCGCCUCACCAUGAAGCCCAAAGCUUCAGACAACAUGACCCACCUAAUGGUGGACUUUUCACAGGAGCGCCAGCUUCUGCAAGGCCUUCGCUUUCUUCCUGUUCCCAGAGCUCCAGAAAUUGAUGUCCAGGACUGUAUGGUGAUGGACAAUGCAGUGACCAUCAUCUGGAGGAUGCCGGUGGAGGACAGCAAGAUCGACCACUACAUCCUCGAGUAUAGAAAAACCAACCACGAGGGUCUGGCUCGGGUCAAGGAUGAGCACCAGUGGGAGAUUGUGGACAACAUUAAGAGCACAGAGUAUACCCUGACGGGUUUAAAGUUUGAUUCCAAAUUCAUGAACUUUAGAGUUCGGGCGUGUAACAAAGCAGCAGCUGGGGAUUAUUCUGAUCCUGUCACAUUGGAAACCAGAGCGUUCAACUUCAACUUUGACUCAACGUCCUCACACCUAAAUCUGAAGGUGGAGGAGAGCAGUGUGGAGUGGGACCCACAGGGAGGCAAAGCCCUGGACAGUAAGGUCAAGGGGAAGGAGAACAAGGGCAGUGCACACCUUACUAAUCUGAAGAACAUGACAAGAAGUGGAACUCCAUCUCCGAAAAGAGCGCCGACUGCUCGCUCACCAGCUCCAAGGGGAGGCAGAGAUCGGUUUACUGGAGAGUCGUACACAGUACUGGGUGACACCAGUAUUGACUCUGGUCAGCACUACUGGGAGGUGAAAGCCCUCAAAGACUGCAAGUCCUAUAGCAUCGGUGUAGCCUUUAAGAACCUGGGCAAGUUCGAUCAGUUGGGCAAAACCAACACCACCUGGUGCAUCCAUGUCAAUAACUGGCUCCAGAACUCCUUCGCAGCCAAACACAACAACAAGGCAAAGACUUUGGAGAUGGCAGUACCAGAGAGGAUAGGAGUUUACUGUGACCUUGACGGAGGUCAGCUGUCGUUUUACAAUGCAGAAAGCAAACAGCUGCUUCACUCGUUCAAGACGAAGUUCACUCAACCCGUUGUGCCGGCCUUUAUGGUGUGGUGUGGCGGCCUGAGCCUGUCGACUGGUUUACAGGUUCCCAGUGCGGUUAGAAGCUUACAGAAGGCUGAAAACGGGCUGGCGGGAUCAAACAGCAGUCUGAACAGCAUGGCACAAUAGACUACGAUCGAAAACUACAAAUAUUACUGAUUCAAGCUGAUUUAGGACUAGCUCCCUCUGUAACCCAUCCCUAAUCAGCAGCAAAGAGCAACCUGUAUGACCUGCUUCCUGCUUCCUGGGGAAUACAUCGUUCAGCAUUGGAAUACUGUGAAGCAUCAUGGGAAACGAAAUCUCUCACUGGCAAGUCUGGAUUUCUCCAAGAUAAGGAGAGCUGCCUCUUUCUGUUUGUCUUUUUGUUUCUUAUCGGAUACGAAAUUCUAGCAGCUUUAUCAGGGAUUAGCUGAGUGCACUUUCCCCCCUAAUUCAUUUUAGGUUUUCUUUUCUUUUUGUAAUGAUUUCAUUUCUGAAAUGAUUUUAAUCUGGGAUGCCAGAUUCUGUCUUUUAUGCUUUGAUUUGUUGUUGUACUUUUAAAGAUUCGUGUAAUUUUUUUUCAUUUCGUCUAUAUGUGUACGAGUACGUACUGUGAGCUCACGUCUGCACAAAGGUAUUUUUUUCCUUAAAUCCUUUUACGUUUUAAAUAAGAAGGCUGUAGUUUUUUUAAAUACUACAGCAUGUUAUGGGGUUGAGUAUGACUGCGGAACAACUUUUGCACGAUGUAAACCAUUUAAUGCUGCUUUCUGUAUAUUUAGGUUCCUGUCACUCUACUGUUUGUACAAAAGUCUGAGCAAAUCCUGUUCACCAAAAACACAUCUUUUGGAUGGAGUCAUCGGACAGUUUUCAUUAGUGCUGCUGUGUUGAAAAUUUGUUUUCUUUCUUAGAUUUUUUUUUUGUUUAUUUCCUUAUUUCUCCCUGAUGUGUUUUAUUAUUUACAGUACGUGCAUAUGAAUUUCUGUCAGUCAUUUCUGUCCAUUCAGUAAAUUAUUGAUUUUCUAAAAUUG